AAGCCAGCUCUCAGCGGGUGGUGGGGGUUGCACUGCGGUAAUAUGGCUCUUCCUUAGCCAGCGGCGGUGGCCGGCGGUGGGGUAGAGCGGUUCUGCCUCCCGGGUGGCUGGUUUCUGGGCUGCAGGGGCUCAGCGGGUCGUGACUAGGCUGUGGUGGCGGAUGCCGGAGGAGCGCCGGCCCCGCCGCUUGGCGGCUCCCGGGUCAAGAUGAGCGCUUCAGCGUCGGUCGGGGGACCGGUCCCCCCGCCGCCCCCGGGCCCGGCCGCCGCGCUGCCUCCCGGUUCUGCCGCGCGGGCCCUGCAUGUGGAGCUGCCGUCUCAGCAGCGACGUCUUAGACAUCUUCGGAACAUUGCUGCCCGGAACAUUGUUAAUAGGAAUGGCCAUCAACUCCUAGAUACCUACUUCACACUUCACUUGUGUAACACUGAAAAGGUAUAUAAAGAAUUUUAUAGGAGUGAAGUGAUUAAGAAUUCCUUGAAUCCAACAUGGCGGAGUCUUGAUUUUGGAAUAAUGCCGGACCGUCUCGAUACAUCUGUGUCUUGUUUCGUGGUGAAGAUUUGGGGUGGGAAGGAGGACAUCUACCAGCUGUUGAUUGAAUGGAAAGUCUGUUUGGAUGGGCUGAAAUAUUUGGGUCAGCAGAUUCAUGCCCGCAACCAAAAUGAAAUAAUUUUUGGGCUGAAUGAUGGCUAUUAUGGUGCUCCAUUUGAACAUAAGGGUUAUUCAGAUGCUCAGAAGAGUAUUCUUCUUCAGGUGGAUCAGAACUGUGUUCGCAAUUCUUAUGAUGUCUUCUCUUUGCUGCGGCUUCAUAGAGCCCAGUGUGCAAUUAAACAGACUCAGGUAACUGUUCAGAAAAUUGGAAAGGAAAUUGAAGAAAAACUAAGACUCACAUCUACAAGCAAUGAGCUGAAAAAAGAAAGUGAGUGCCUGCAAUUAAAAAUUUUGGUGCUUCGAAAUGAACUGGAAAGACAGAAGAAAGCUUUGGGACGGGAGGUGGCAUUACUGCAUAAGGAACAAAUUGCAUUACAGGACAAAGGAAGUGCAUUUUCGGCUGAGCACCUCAAGCUUCAACUCCAGAAGGAAUCCCUAAAUGAGUUGAGGAAGGAGUGUACUGCGAAAAGAGAACUCUUUCUGAAGACUAAUGCCCAGUUGACAAUUCGUUGCAGGCAAUUACUAUCUGAGCUUUCCUACAUUUACCCUAUUGAUUUGAAUGAGCAUAAGGAUUACUUUGUAUGUGGUGUCAAGUUGCCUAAUUCUGAGGACUUCCAAGCAAAAGAUGAUGGAAGCAUUGCUGUUGCCCUUGGUUACACUGCUCAUUUAGUAUCAAUGAUUUCCUUUUUCCUACAAGUGCCCCUCAGAUAUCCUAUAAUUCAUAAGGGAUCGAGAUCAACAAUCAAAGAUAAUAUUAAUGACAAGUUGACUGAAAAGGAGAGAGAGUUUCCAUUAUACCCAAAAGGAGGGGAGAAGUUGCAGUUUGAUUAUGGUGUCUAUCUUCUGAACAAAAACAUAGCACAGCUAAGAUAUCAACAUGGACUAGGGACCCCAGACUUGAGGCAAACCCUCCCUAACCUGAAAAACUUCAUGGAGCACGGACUAAUGGUCAGGUGCGACAGACAUCACACCUCCAGUGCAAUCCCUGUUCCAAAGAGACAAAGCUCCAUAUUUGGGGGUGUAGAUGUAGGCUUCUCUGGGGGGAUGCCUUCACCAGACAAAGGACACCGGAAACGGGCCAGCUCAGAGAAUGAGAGACUCCAGUACAAAACCCCUCCCCCCAGUUACAGCUCAGCAUUAGCCCAGCCUGUGACCACCGUCCCCUCCACGGGAGAAUCUGAGAGAAAGACAACAUCUCUGUCUUCCUCCUUGGACACCUCCUUGGACUUCUCCAAAGAAAACAAGAAAAAAGGGGUAGAUCUGAGUGACAGCUUCAACGGAGGCCAUGGGAGUGUGAGCACUAGCCAGGAACAGGGACAAGCCCUCCCGGGGCCUCCAGCCACAGUCAACGGCACCCUCCUGCCCGGCGAGCAGGCCGGCUCCUCCAGCGCCCAGCUUCCAGGGGGGUUCCACCCGGUCUCCGAAGCCGAGCUCUGCUGUACCGUGGAGCAAGCAGAAGAGAUCAUCGGCAUGGAAGCCACAGGCUUCACCUCAGGCGAUCAGCUGGAAGCAUUUAACUGCAUCCCCGUGGACAGUGCCGUGGCAGUGGAGUGUGACGAACAAGUUCUGGGAGAAUUUGAAGAGUUCUCCCGAAGGAUCUAUGCACUGAACGAAAAUGUAUCCAGCUUCCGCCGGCCACGCAGGAGUUCUGAUAAGUGAAGCGAGCGGACAGACGCUUUGAAAUUCCUCUUGAACCUACAUCUCCAUAUGUUACAUCGUGACAGCACUGGCCUGAACAAAACCUGUGGCUGUAUCUAAGCUAAUGCCGUUGACUUCAUUUGAGCUUACAUAUUGUGUGUAGCAACACACCGCCACAGGCGUACUCUGCAGUAGCUCAUUUGUCCUCCAUAACGACUUAACUCAUAGGUUCCAUAAUCAUUUUCAUAUUUUGUCCAAGCAUGCCUGGGCUCAAUUAUAAACAUAGCUACACUGGUAAAUGGAGUAGUUCAUGUUGUUAUUUUUCAGGUAGAGAACUCACAAGAUCAUUGUAUGACAGACAGACCCAACCUGCAAGCAAUUAAAAGUUUUAACUUGAUCUGAAGAAAUCCAUCUUAUUCCUCUAAACAGGUGGAACUACUCCAAACCUGGAGCGGAAGCCAUCUGUAGAGUCACGGCUUCUUUGCAGAGUACUGUCAUUCAUUUUGGAGUCAGUAAGGGUGGAGCUAGACAUGAUCUUGGAUGUACAUCAGACUGGGCUUGUGGGGUCCUCCAGUGAAGUAACAUCUACCCCCGACCAAGCCCAAAAAAAAAAGGUUUUGAAGGACUAUAUUAGUAUUGAACAAUGGAAGGUGAAUCACAUGUGACGUGUGAUUCUUCAGAUAUGGGAGAGACCUUUAAACUUCAUGCAAAACUCAAAGACAAGGUGCAUUCAAUGCAGGUCCUCCAGCCCGGUUUCUGGCAUCACCAAGCAGAGGGACCACGUACAGGAGCACCCAUAGUUACAGUGUUCAUCUCAGAUUCCACACAGCCAGAUAGAGCCUGCAGCUCCGGGGUUCCAUCUGUCAGUCUCCCAUUUGUGGACUCCCUGAUUCUGGGGUUCACAGCUUUUGACCCACACAGCAUGGAACCCCACCAUUGAAUGUGAUCUGGUAGGCCAGAACUGAUCAACAGUUACCUACACAUUUGCCUAAUCCACACUGUGUCCAGUGAUGUUGUGCCUCAAAACACCACUUAGGUUUCAGUUUAUUUAGUUUAGGUUUUGAGUUUUCACUGAGUUUGUUUGAUGUCUGCAGUUUCUGCCAAACUUGGGUAGAUCCUACAGCAUUACAUUCUCCAGGAAUAACUCUGACAUUUCCCAAAGCUGCAGAAUUCAUUUUGCCUCUGUUUAAAGUGGCCAAGGCCAAAUAUGGGAUGAGGUAUUAUCUCCUACUAAUCUUUGUAAUUUUUGCUUUGAGAAUGUAAGUUGAAAUGAAAACUCAGUCCUAUCCAUUUCUGAACUGCUAAGAGCCCUUUCAAUUUUCAUGUAGCUGAGACACUUUUACAGCCGGCAAAUGUUAUCAGAUGAAUAUUUGCUUGUGUUUUCUCUCUCCACUUCCCCUUACCCACUUUAAAAAUUCCAGAGAUUUUUCCCCCCCCAGAAUAUUAGUUUUGGAAGAUUGUAUCCAGCUAUAUUUUUUUAGCAGUUCUAAUAGUGCCCGUUUAUCCUGACCUAACCAGUUAUUUAAAUAAAUUUUUAAACCACCACCAAUAAUAAAUGGCAUGUGAAACUGAUCUGUUGGUAAUUGGAAGAAAACUCAGCAUCUGUAUUUAUAAAAUAAAAUUGAUUAGUAUUUAUUUUGAGAGUAAAAGUGUAUGUUACUUCCCUGCUAUGUUUGAGUCCUGUCUUCUUCACUGUUUUGAAUUUCAUACUAAAGCUGAGUUAACUAUGAAAACCUCAUUCUUAA